AGUUAUUAUGAAUUGGUUUUAAAUGCAAACUUAUAAAAAUGGAAUCGCAGCAUUCUUGGACAAAAUAUUGUCUAGAUGUGGUUGUUAAGAAGAUGCGAGGGGACCGCUAUGGUACCCUAUUUGCAAGCCCCGUCUUGGAAGCUAGCGAUUCCAUUAUAUCCCCUGCAAUAAAGGAAAAUUAUCGACUUGUCAUUCAGAAUCCUAUGGAUUACAAAACAGUGAGGACCAAAUUGGAGAACAAUAUGUACGAUGAACCUCAAGAAUUUCACUCUGACAUGGUGCUUAUUUAUGAAAAUUGCAUAAAGUUUAAUCCUCCAGUUGGAACCAGCAAAUGGGUACAUGAUGCUGCCAAAUCCAACCUUAAGAAAUACUUAAAACUAUGGGAGCAAAGUGAACCUACAAUUUUGGCCUAUUUCAAACGUGGCCCAGUUGUAACGCAUUCAGCGGCGCUAACGCAGGAAAUCUCCGUCUCUGAUGAGUCUAAAACAUAUGGAACUCCAAAAUUUCGUUUAAAUCUGCAGAAAAUUCAUGAAUAUAAACUGAGGAAAGGUUUUAUCAACCAGCCCCCUCAGGAGAUAAAAGAAGCCGUUACUACAACUUUGGAAAAUGAUACACCAACUGUGCGGGAGUUUUAUGACAUAGAUGAAUUGGAUAAAACACUUUUGGAGGGGACUCCCGAAUUGCCAUCUAUCAUGAGUAAACAGGAUAAUGGAAUUCUAUGUGUUAGCUGGCUUUCUGAGAAUGAGUGCAACAGACUAUUUCCUAAUUGUAGUAUCAUAGGCCUGACAGAUGACAAACCAAGUUAUAACUUCAGUGACGUUGCAAUUCGUUGUAUAUAUAAUCAGCUUUAUCUAAGUGACUUGGGUCCACCUGGGAAACUGGAACAUAUUCCGGAUGAAUCAGAUUCCGAACCAAUUGUUGAUCACACGCUCCAACAGCACAAUCGCAUUUAUUUUAACAUUUCGAAGCACACAUCUAAGCAAGACAUAAAAUCGAUUUUUUGUAUGGAUGAGAACCCUAACCCUAUAAGGUCUAUAUUUGGUGUCGAGGAGACUAGUCCAAGAAAAUCGAUAUUUAACAUUAAAAUGGAGGGGAAAAGGGCACGUAGUGAUGCAGAUUGGACUUUUCCAUCAAAGAAACAAGCGAGCCUAACAUUGAAUGGCACGACUGAUGUUUCCAUUGGUGACCGUGACCCCGUAUGUAUUCCAGAAAGUACUGAUAUGAAAGAAUCUAUUUCUACGGACUUACCAGAGGUCCAUUUGGAUAAAUUUAUGGAUUCUGAGAUAUCUAGCAAUAUAUCCAAUUUAACCUCGUUCGCGCGCAUAGAGUUACGUAUGAAUUCUACAAUUUCUAUAGAUUCGACUACAGAAGCUGUGCUUAAGAAGAACGAGUUUAUAAAAAUUUUAAAUAUCGGCGAAUUUGUAGAUAUUCUUUGUGAACCAUCUAUAUCAUUACUAUCUUCGAGCUCUGGUUUUUUUAAAAUUGACGAAUCGGAAUUCAAGCAUCGCAACUCAAUCCUUAAACACAUCAGACUAUUCUUAGUAAACUGUGCACAAGUCCUCGUUCAAGUUUCUAAAGAAUAUGAAACACUACCAAAGCUUGUACUAAAGGGUAAAUCACAAAUGUCAUCGGUAGAAAGUUUGCAAUGCGAAGCAAAAAUUGGUAAUCUGAAGAAUUUACCAUUUUUUCAACUACCCAGCGCUGGUGGAAUUUGUUAUUGUGCGGAUCUUGACAUAUUGUGGAGAACACAGUUUAUUAACAAUGCACUUCCCACGCCACUAUUGGCGUUACACAUAAUACUAGAGAUUUAA